CUGUGUUAUUGCUGUUGAUGCAGUCCAGCAGCUGAGCUCGCGGCUGCAGAAAUAUACGUAUCUUUGAAGAUUAAGCACCAUCGGAGUUUCGGGGCCAGAUGAUCGUCAUCCAGUAAACACAAAGCAGCCAGAACUUCUGAUUCCUUGUUGUUUACUCGAUUUUACAAGGAUAACUCUGCCCUGACCCCAAUCGCCGAGGCCUUCGGGGUAGAAAAAUGUCAAACAUCGAUUACAAGAGUGCCGAUUUCUAUAAUAACAUCUUGAAUGGCUGUAGCAUAGCUCCAUUUUGCAACAACUCCCAGUUGAUUUUUCACAGCAUGAAUAAUGGCACCGAGUUCCUAGACGAUGGAUCCCCCUGGCUGAGAGUCCUCAUCCCGGUGGUGUACUUUAUUGUGGCUACAGCUGGAGUGCUGGGCAACUUGUUGGUCAUGCUUUUGCUUUAUUCCACCCAUACCAUCACCACAGGCACCAUCAAUUUCUUUGUUUUCAACCUGGCCCUGGCUGACUUGCUCUUUUCCCUGGCCUUACCCUUUUGGGCCGUGGAUAUCGCCCUGGACUACAGCUGGCCCUUUGGUUUGGCCACGUGCAAGGCUGUGUCCUUACUCACAGGACUGAACGUUUUUGCCAGCUGCUUUUUCCUGACGGCCAUGAGCCUGACUCGAUACUGCUACGUCGCAACAGCUCUGAAACCCAGCUCCUCCUUGUGCAACAGAUCGUGCACUUUCCCAGUGGCCACGGCUUUAAUCUGGGCCGGGGCGCUGAUCGCAGCCGCGCCUCGAGCCGUGUUUGCAGACCUCAUAAACGUGGGCAACGACACUACGUGCCUGCUCCGCUUCCCGGAUGGGACGGCCUGGCUCGGGAUAAACCAGCUCGUCCGAGUGGUGCUUGGAUUUUUGCUUCCGUACGCCAUCAUCACCCUGUCCUACCUGCGUCUGCUGCGCUUUCUCUGUAGACACAAGCUAAAAGGCGGCAACAACUCUCGGCGAAAAGCCGACAUAUCAAAGUCCGUUGCAGUGGUGGUGCUGUCAUUCUGCGCCUGCUGGUUCCCGUACAACGUCCUCACUCUCUGGAGUGUCCUGAUCCAACUAGACAUCCUCGACAUCAGCAAAUCCUUCUACUCGGCCCAGACGUACUUCUUCCCCCUGGCCAACUGUUUGGCAUUCACCAGCAGCUGUUUCAACCCUGUCAUCUACUGCUUGGUCAGGAAAGAAUACCGCGCCGCUCUGCGUAAUGUGCUCUUCAAAUUAAACAUGGCCGUUAAGUCAAAGGUUCCCUACGCUAUAAACACCGAGGAGGGGUCGGGGCAAGCAGGGCAGUUCGCGAUUCCACUCAACAACAUGUACAGUCAGACGUCCCAUAGUGACACGCGGAUGUACAAACCUCUGGCAACACUUCCAACGGUGGCGUCUCAUCCCUAAAACCUCAACACGUUGGCUCGUUUCAUGAAACGCAAACAGCACGGGCGUCAUCUGUUUCCUGCAUGACGCGUGCUCUUCAUGGACUCUAAAGCGGAGUGCUAAAACAUUUAGCAUGAUUUAAAAUAUCAGUUAAUUCAUCUGGCACGAUAGAAUCCGAGCACCUUGUGUAAUUUCUCUUUUUCAACAAGAAUAUGGUGUGAAACGUUCGAGGGCCUGUGUAGAAAUGGUUAACGCUGCCUCGGCAGUGAAUUUACUCUCAGAUAGUGGAUGUCUUGUUGGGAGAUCUUUUUGUCGUUUUCAGGAAAAAUCUAAAAAGAAACUGAAAAAAGUGAUAAAAAUUUUUUGGGGAGGGAUUAUUUUUCUCUUGUUUCUCCAAAAAAAAAGUAUAAUUGUUUACAUGUUGGAGAAAUGCUCUAAUGUUCUCAUUUAAAUGUAAUAUUCUAUAACAGGACACAUGAGUGGUGAAUGUCUUUUUAGUUAAAUAAAGACUUUUAAAGUAAUUGGUCACUUUCACUCUGGAAACUGUAUUAUUAUAAUUGCUACUGUUGUUAAUGGUAUUAUUUUACUCCUAAUUUUACUUAGUAUGUGCUUUUAGUUAUUAGUGGAAUUGCUUUAAUAUUUUUUUUUCUUUUUGACACUAACUGAAAUCCAUACAUUCGUUUCUGUAUUGUUAUUAUUGGAAACUACACUUAUUUUGUGUUCCGGGACUCCAGUUCACCACUAGGUGGCAGUAGAGUUCUGCUCACAAGGGUUUGUUCUUUUUAAGGCAAACUGUUCUCAGCCGACAUGUUAAUAAAUGUAAGAACACUGUUUAUAAAUCAGAGAUUUUCAUCUGAAUAAUGAAGAAGUUUGUAAAUAUGUUUGCCACUCACAUCAUAAUAAAGAUUGAAAGCAUCUAACGAUA